UACCUGUGUUACAGGUAAAUUAUGUUUGCCAAUCGAUUUUUCUAGAUUUCGCGGUAGAAAACAAAAAUGGCGUGCACAGCAGAUGAGGAGGCACAUCUUAAACAGAAGGCGGAGGAGGCUUUUAGAAGUUCUGCUUCCCCAAUUCAAAAGCUGCGGUAUGCCUGCCUGAUGCGCGGGGCUAACGGAAUCAAGGGUUUGGGCAGAAGUUUCCGAAUAAUGGAUGACGACGGAAGCAAGACGUUGGAUUUUCGUGAAUUCCGAGACGGUCUCCACGAUUAUGGACUUCGAGAACUGGACGACCAGACAAUAUCAGACGUCUUUAGGGAACUGGACAAAGACGGAAGUGGGAAACUGAGUUAUGACGAGUUCUUAGUUGCUAUCAGGGGACCAAUGAAUAAAACCCGCGAGGAAUAUGUAAAGAAGGCAUUCAAGUAGAUGGAUGCUACCGGUGAUGGUCAGAUAACAAUCGAGGACAUUCGAAGGUUGUACGAUGCCAGUCAACAUCCGAAGUACCAAAGUGGCGAAUGGACAGAGGAUCAAUGUUUCCGACAUUUUCUGGAUUCUUUUGACAGCCCCGGAAAUCCAGACGGAGUGGUGACCUGGGACGAAUUCCUGAACUACUACGCCGGCGUCAGCGCCUCUAUUGAUGACGACGGAUACUUCUGCGCAAUGAUGAAGCGUGCCUGGCGACUAUAACAUACGAUGGUCCUUGUCAUCAGUAACGUGUGGUGCUGUCCGUAUACUGACUGAGAGACAGAUUCCAGAGCACAUAUAUAAUUUUUUAUGUAUGUGAUAUACAGACAAUGCAGAUCUGAGGACGCGGUCCUUAAUACCAAAACUUGUUGAUCUUUACAUUUUUAUAUGGUGUUUAUAUUAAUGUUAUUUUCAAAUAAAUAUACAUGAUUAA